AUGCACUCCCUCCGCCUCCGCCCCGCGCGCGACGAAGACGUCCCCGCCAUGGCCGCCCUCGAAGUCGCCGCCUUCCUCGACAGCCCCAUGCACAAGGCCAUGUUCCCCAAACGCCUGCGCACCAAGCCCGGCACCCAGGACCAGCUCGAGUGGAACAUUUCGCGCAUGCGCAAAGGGCUGGCGGACCCGAACCUGCACUACCUCGUCGUACUCACCGAGGCACCUGAGGAGGGCGAGAUCAUCGUGGGUUGCGCAGAGUGGUCGGCGCCGGCAGGGGACGAGUACGAGUCUGGGGAUAAUGAGGAGGAGGGGAAGAGCGAGGAGGAAAAGGCAAAGGAUAUGGAGCUGAGGUUGGCUAGAUUGCCGCCGUUCUUGGAUAAGGGCGCGUUGUUGGAUGCUAAUGACGAGGUUAUGGAGUUGAUUGAAAAGUCCAAGGAUGCGUUUCAGGGAGAGAACCGGCAUAAGAUGUGGACUCUCAACUCCAUCUCAGUGGACGGCGAUUAUCGAGGCAUUGGCAUCGGCAAGAUGAUGACGAGGUGGGGAAUGGAGCGAGCAGAUCAAGACAAGACGGGCAUAUGGAUCAUAUCGUCUCCCCUAGGCCAGCAGCUGUACAAGUCGCUAGGAUUCAGACAAGUCGCCGAGGGAUCGAGAUUGGGCGAGCCGCAGUAUCUGAUGCUCAAGUUUUACGAUCCUGGACUGCAGCAAAACGGCACGAGUACGGUGGCUUGA